AUGGCUGAAGAUUUGUUAAAACAACCAGAUGUAGAGGAGGAGGAAGAUUUCCAAAGAUUCAUGCAAAGUAUUGGUGAUUUAGAAGAAGAAAUAGAAGAAAUAGAUUAUCAGGAUCAUUAUGAACAAACUAUUAAAGAAUUAGAAGAAAAACUUAGGAAAGAACAGGAUGCCUUAGACAACCAUGCCAGAGUUCUGAGGGAGAAAGACAGCAUGAUUAAAAGACUUCAAACUAGUUUGGCAGAGAAAGAGAGAAAUCUUGAGACUUCACAGUGGAGUGUCAAUUCCAGUAAUGAAGAGUUAAAUAGAUUAAAGAAACAGUUGAAGGAGAAAGAUGAUUUAUUGCAGGAUGUGAUGUCUGAGCAGUCUAAGGCAACAGCAGCCAAUGCAGAGGCUCUGAAUAAUCUACUGAAGAAACUGAAGUCUAAAGACGAGGACAUACGAGAGUUGAUGGAGAGAUCUAAUAAAGAAAUGUCAGAUCUCCAUAACAAACUUCAACAGUUACAAGCAGAACUUAAUAGAAAACAACUAAGUUCAAAGAGUUCAGAAGACCAACUUAUUGAUAUUGAACAGGAUCACAGACAGGGCAUAGACAAACUUGCUGGAGCACUUAAGGAUAAGGACAAAACUAUUGAGACCUUGGUAGAAAGUUGGCAGGAAAACGACAAACUAAUCAAAAGAUUACAGCAGGUAACUGCAGCUUCACGUGGAACUAUAAUGGAUAAUAACAGGCUUAGAGAUGAGGCUGAUAAACUUAGGAAUCAGUUAGCUAAGAAAAAAGAUGAAAUUAGCGAAUUAAAGCUUCAGUUAGACAGAGAUGGAUCAAGGAGUCCCAAAGCAGGAUUUCAUGUAGUCUUGGAGGAACUGAAACUUCAAUUGGCAGUUAAAACAGAGGCUCUUAAAGCUGCUAAACAAACAGAAGAAGACUUCAGGGAACAAAUUAAUUCUUUACGAAAGCAACUUGAAUCGGCUCACCAGAGUAUGAAAGAAGUACACACAACAGAAAAACAAGUGUACUACAUGAGAGACAACUCUGAUGGAAAUGGACAUUCUGACCAGUACCAGGACUUCAUACAAAGAGAAUUGAAAGAGUUGCACAGGAUUCAGGAAGCUGAGAAACAAAUUCUGUUGGAUCUAAAGGAAAAAUCAAUGUUUGAGAAAUCACACAAUCUAGAGGCUGAAUUAGCUGCAAUACAGACACUGAAAAGAGAAUUAGAAGCUGGAAUUCAGAGGAAUAAUAAACUACAGCAGCAAUUGGAACAACAGAAAUCCAGGUCACCCAGGAAAGGAUCCAAGGAUAGUUCACAAGAUGACCAUUUUGACAUGGAAAGAAGAUUCAGUGACCAGUCCAGUGAUACUGCUAAUACUUCUGACUCCAGACGGUCAAGUGACACCACUCCACGUAAUCAAGAUAAUGAAGUUCCACAACAUUCCUACUCUUGGCCAUUGGAAAACAAAAGUCAGAAGAGGAAUUCUAAAAUUCCGCAAAUACAAAAGCCUGCACCAAUGAGAACUAACUCUUCUGAUAGAAAUAGUCCAGAUAUUCUCAAAAGUCUUUUGAUGGAAGCUAGAGGCAGAUUUCAAGCCCUAGAGGGCAAACUAGAAGCUACUGAGGGCACUGUUAGACUAGCUAGAGGCAGAUUGCAAGCCCUAAAGGGCACACUAGAAGCUACUGAGGGCACUGUUAGACUUCAGACCAAAAAGAUGAAAUAUUAUCGUAACUUAUUAGAAGAAAAUGGAAUAGUAUUUAAGAGUCCUCUAGGAAGUCGCUCAAACAGUGAAUCAAACAUUGUCAUGGCUCUUGGAGGUAGAAACUUGUGUAAGAAUAACCAGACUCUUUCUUAUGAUAACAUUCCUGAAUUACUGGUGGACUCACAGACAGAAUCUUCAGAGUCUGAUUUCUCAGAAAAAUACAAAAGUUACGGAAAUACAAAUAAUGUUUCUGAGUUGAAGGACCAGGUCAGACAAUUGAAGAUAGCCAUGGAUAAAUAUAAAGCUGUAAUAAAAUCACAUAUGUCACAGAUGCCAAAAUUGUGGGAAGACAUUAAUGUUGAUGUUAUUCGCUCACAAACAGUUGACCAGACGGGACCAUGUGCCAAUCACAGACCUGCAGAUGAUAAAAAAACAGUGUUACAACCUGGAAGUAGAUACUCAGUGGUCAGUCCAGCAGCUUGCUUAGAACCAGAGAGAGAAUAUAAGAUAAGAAUUAAAUUCAAUAGUUACAAAACUAACCAGGCUACACCUGAUGCAACUACACUGAUCGAUUCUAUUGUUUUGACUCCAAACAUAGAUUGUAUUCCAAUAUUUCAUGGUAUUGGUUAUCCAGAAUACAUGAAAAAUGAAUUUAUUCGUUACCGAUGUCGUGAAUCUCAAUUGUCAGUCUACCAGCUAGAACUCCAGGACUUCUGUAGACAGCUCACUUUCAGUAUUUCUUCCAUUAUUCACCAGAAAGCUCUUGAGUGUCAAUGUGAUCCAAUGGGAUCUUUAAGUAGUGAAUGUGAAUAUGCUGGUGGUCAGUGUAGAUGUAAACCUAAUGUUGUUGGUCACAGAUGUAACAAGUGUGCUCCUGGUACAGAUGAUUUUGGACCAGAUGGAUGCAAACCUUGCAUCUGUCAUGAAUAUGGUGCUGUAGAUAAAUUCUGUGAUGCCAGGACUGGACAGUGUAACUGUAUAAGUUAUGUUGGAAACAAGAUAUGUGACCAAUGUCAGGUUGGAUAUUGGGGAUUCCCUCGCUGUAGACCAUGCCAAUGUAUUGAUAGGAAUGCAGAUACGUGUGAUGAUUUAACAGGCCGAUGUGAUAAUUGUAAUGACUUCACUGCUGGUGACCAGUGUGAUAAGUGUUUGGAUGGAAACUAUGGUGAUCCUCGUAUAAAUUACUGCAUACCCUGCAGACCUUGUUUAUGUCCUGGAGGACCAACUAGUGAUGUACAGCAUGCUGAUUCCUGUUAUGAAGAUCCAAGACAGCAGUCAGUAGUCUGUAACUGUUAUCUAGGUUUCAAAGGACCAAACUGUGAUACUUGUACAGACAACUACUUUGGAAAUCCAAAGGAUGUGAAUGGUACAUGUGAACUGUGUAUCUGUAAUAAAAAUAUAGAUCCAAAAAUUGGUGGAAGUUGUGACACCUCAUCAGGGGAAUGUCUCAAGUGCAUGUUUAAUACUGAAGGAUUCAACUGUGAGCAGUGUAGUCCUGGUUACUAUGGUGAUGCAACAACCCAGAAUUGUAAACAAUGUAUUUGUGAUCCCUAUGGAACAGACCCAACUGGUGGAGACUGUGAUAGAGUCACAGGACAAUGUCUCUGUCUUCCAAAUGUUAUUGGACAACAAUGUGACUCCUGUGCUGCUGGUUUCUGGAAUAUAACAAGUCAAAUGGGUUGCUCUUCGUGUGGCUGUGAUAUGCCUGGAUCUACUAGAGUAGAAUGCAAUCAGUUUGAUGGUCAAUUUAAUUGUGUACAGGGAAGAGGAGGAAGAGAUUGUGCCUCUUGUGAAGAUAAUUACUUGGGAGAUCCUACUGUGCAGUGUUAUGCAUGUGACGGUAACUACCAAGGCUCUGCUCAGACUCAGUGUGACAGAAGGUCAGGUCAAUGUGUAUGUCUGACAGGAAUCAGUGGUUACAAAUGUGAUCGUUGUGAUAGAGGCACCACAGGAGUACUCCCCAACUGUAAGCCUUGUGGAGAUUGUUUCAACAACUGGGACAGAGUGAUCAGAGACUUGUCAGCCCAAACAACAGACUUGAUCAAAAGUGCAGUAGACAUUAAAGCAACAGGUGUAGAAAGUGCCUUUAAUAAAGAAUUUCAGCAAAUGGAGGAAAAUUUGGAUGAAAUAAGACAGAUUGUUAGAAAUGCCAACAUUUCUUCAGAAGAUAUCAGAAAUUUAGAUAGUCUGCUAAAAUCUCUCAGGCAGCUUUUAUCAGAUGAGUUUAGAAGAUUGAAUAAUACAGAAAGUCAGUUCAAAGCAAGAAUGGAUGAUAUAAGAAAAGGAAAUAAUGAUAUUUUAUCACUCAAACAAAGAGUGGAGGAUUUAAAAAAAAAGGCUGAUGAUUUGAGAAGAAAUGCAACAGACAUUCAGGCCAGAGAUGUAGAAGGUGCCUUCAACAUAACAAAGGAGGCACAGCAAAAGUCGAGAAUGGCCCAAUCUAAAGUUGAUGGAACCCAGGGAAUGCUGAAUGAGUCUAUGAAAACAAGAGCUGAAGUGGAAAAAAUGCUGGAAGAAAAACGUAAUGCAUUUAAUCAGAAAAUACAGGAAAACGAAGCUGAAUUAAAUGAAAUGGAUGACAAAGUUUCAAGUCUUGGUAGUAGAAUAGCUGAUCUAAAUGAAAUGGUUUGUGAUGGAAGAGGAGAUCCUUGUGAUAGUGUCUGUGGAGGUGGGGGAUGUGGCAAGUGUGGAGGAAUCAGUUGUGAUGGAGGGGCUCUUACCAAAGCUGACAAUGCCAUUGAUCGGGCCAACCAAGCUAAACUGUUAUUAGACAUUAAAGAAGUAGAUGCCAAUACAAUGCUUACAGAGAUACAGCAAGCACAACAAGAAGCAGAAGAAGCUAAAGAUCAAGCCCAGAUGGCUUACAAUAAAGCUAUGAAAGCUAAAAAUCAAACUGAAAAAGCUAAACUCAUGUUGCAGAAUGUUCUUUCUGAUGUACAAGACUUCUUGGGAUUAGGUAGAGCAACACCAGAUAAUGUUAAAGAGAUAACUGAAGAGGUACUUGGUAUGAGUAUAUCACUGACUCCAGACCAAAUCAUUGAGUUGGCACAGAAAAUAAAUGAAACCAUUUGGGGUUUACAGAAUAUUUAUUCCAUUCUCAAUGCCACAAGAGAUGAUUUAGAUAAAGCACAGAAGCUGAAGGAGAGGGCAGAAAAUGCAAAGGGUGAUGCAAAUACUAUCCUAGGAAAAGCCCAGGAUGUUCUUGACAACUUGAAGGGAGCUACAUCUGCCCAGGAGUUAGCUACAGUUGCCAUUAAUAAGGCUGACGCAGACAUAACCAAUGCUGAAGCAGACCUCACACAGGUAAAUAGAGAAAACAGGUUCAGAAGGAAAUACUUCUUCUCUGGAUAAUAGAAAUGCAGUCAC